AUGAAUCAGAACGGUGGUGGGCAGCAGGUCGUCCUGAGAAGCGUUGAGGAUUUGCGAGGAGUAGCGAACCCUGCUUCGCUCAGGUCUAUUCGCAUCGAGGCCGACUUGGAUGCAACGCUAGAGAUCGUAGCCUCCACGACGAACGCCAUGGCCGAUCUGUACCUGGAGGUCCCCGCCCUCAACUCUACCGACCAACUUGAUCAUGCGUUGCAAGCGAUUGCAACCCAGUUCCCCAUUCUCACUCGCAUCGUCGUAGAUAUCAUCUCCGCGCCGCCAGAACAAUCUUGGUUGAAGGUCUCGGCUCUCGGACUGUUUGAUCACCUCGAGCAUCUCGUCGUUCGUUGCCCCAUGCCCCUCCUCCUGACGAACGAAGACCUCCAGGGAAUGAUUCGCGGUUGGCCUCUGAUCCGCCACCUGGAGCUCAACCCGAUGGGCAAUACUGCGUUCUAUGGAAUCCAGGAUCGACUACCUUCCCUGGGCGGCGUUAUAGCAGCCGCGGAAUGCGGGACCUACUUGGAAUAUCUCGGGCUGUGCAUCAAGCCCGAGCUGCAGAUCCCUCAAGUGUUCCUUAGCUGGAAGAAGCUAAAGUACAUGGACUUUGGCAGGUCCUCCGGGUCUGAUGCAGAUGCCAACAAGGUCGCGAGGAUUCUGCACCAGGCAUUCCCUCCUGCUGAAUACCCGGACCUCAAGAUGGUCACGUAUAUCGGACAGUCAGCCUGGGUUCAGCUUCUCGCUGCAAGGUUUGAGCAGCUCCGUGGCAACUUGUCCUAA